AUGGAUGUUUGUUUGUAUAUUAAACGAUUCUAUUUCCACGUGCCUUGCCUUGUUUGUUUUCACUCGUCAAUAGACCAAGAAUUAUUUGGCAAGAGAAUCAGAUUCAUUUCCCCUCCUGUCUCUUCACUCAGUCAAUGCUUCUUUCUUUUUGUUACACCCCUCCUAAUCGAUAAUUUGGCCGAACAUUCAGCAUUAUUUUCUUUUUAUUCGUAUUUGUUUUUUUUUUCCUUUUUUCUCCUUUUUAUUUUCUUCUUCUUUUUCUUCUCUUUUUAUUAUUCUUCUUUUUCUUUUUUUCUUCUUCUUUUUCUUCUCUUUUUUCUUCUUCUUUUUCUUCUCUUUUUUCUUCUUCUUUUUCUUCUCUUUUUUCUUCUUCUUUUUCUUCUCUUUUUUCUUCUUCUUUUUCUUCUCUUUUUUCUUCUUUCUUUUCUUCUCUUUUUAUCCUCCUCCUUUUUCUUCUCUUUUUUUCUUCUCCUUCUUUUUCUUCUCUUUUUAUCCUCCUUUUUCUUCUCUUUUUUAUCCUUCUCCUUCCUGUUCCUCUUCUCCUUUCUCCUUCCUGUUCCUCUUCUCCUUUCUCCUUCCUGUUCCUCGUCUCCUUUCUCCAUCCUGUUCCUCGUCUCCUUUCUGUUUCUUGUUCUUCUUCUUCUUUCUGUUUCUUAUUCCUCCUCCUCCUCCUUUUCUCCUUCUUGUUCCUCCUCCUCCUCCUCUCUCCUUCUUGUUCCUCCUCCUCUCUCCUUCUUGUUCCUCCUCCUCUCUCCUUCUUGUUCCUCCUCCUCCUCCUCCUCUCUCCUUCUUGUUCCUCCUCCUCCUCCUCUCUCCCUUCUUGUUCCUCCUCCUCCUCCUCUCUCCUUCUUGUUCCUCCUCCUCCUCUCUCCUUCUUCUUGUCCUCCUCCUCCUCCUCCUUCUUGUUCCUCCUUCUUUGUUCUCCUUCUUGUUCCUCCUUCUCCUUCUUGUUCCUCCUCCUCCUCCAUCUUGUUCCUUCUUCUUCUUCUUUCUCCAUCUUGUUCCUCCUUCUUCUUUUUUCUCCUUCUUGUUCCUCCUCCUUCUUCUUCUUCUUUCUCCAUAUUGUUCCUCUUUCUUCUUCUUGUUCCUCUUUCUACUUCUUCUUUCUCCUUCUUAUUCCUCUUCUUUCUUCUUCUUUCUCCUGUUCUUAUUUCUUCUUCUUCUUCUUCUUUUCCUACUACUAUUUGUUUAUAA